CCAACCUCCUCCCCACUAUAACUAAAAUUAAAUUAAAACUCUCCCUCUUCUUCCCUCCACUUUUCGCUUUUCCCGCGCUUAUAUAUACUCCCAUGCAGCCUCCCCCAUGCAGCAUCAGCAUCGCUCGCCAUCGCCGUCGAUCCCAACCACCAUUGCUACAGCUUCUCUCUCUUCUCUCUCUCCUCUCGUCAACGACCAAUAGAUUCUCUCUCUCUCUCUCUCCGAGAUGAUGAACUUCUCCUCGUACUUCUACUCGUCGUCGGCGGCGGCGGCGGGUGGUGGUGGUGGUGGUGGGGAGAAGAAGUCGUCGUCGUCGUCGGCGUCGAAGAAGAAGCAGCAGCAGGCGGCGGCGGCGGAGGGAGGGAAUAACCAGACGAGGUACCUUGGGGUGAGGAGGAGGCCGUGGGGGAGGUACGCGGCGGAGAUCAGGGACCCGGCGACGAAGGAGAGGCACUGGCUGGGGACGUUCGACACGGCGGAGGAGGCCGCCGUCGCCUACGACCGCGCCGCGAGGUCGCUCCGCGGCGCCCGCGCGCGCACCAACUUCGCCUACCCGGACCUCCCCCCGGGCUCCUCCGUCACCCCCUACCUCUCCCCCGACCUCUCCGCCGACGCCUCCGAUCAGCUGCUCCAGCCGUUCUACGCCAAUCCCUCCGCCGCCGCCGCGCUGCCCACUCCGGCGGCGGUGAUGGCCGGAGGAGGAGGAGUCGAAUUCGGCGGCGAGUACAUGUACGGCGGCGGCGUCGACAUGUCGUCGCUGAUGGACGACAUUGCGGCCAUGCCCGACGACCUCCCGCCCAGCGUGACGGGCGGCGGCGGCGGCUUCGCCAGCAGCGACGAAUACUCCAGCGGCGGCGGCGGGAUGGUCGACGACGUCUCCAUGUACUGCGGCGGCAAUGGCGGAGGGUCGUCGUGGUGCGACGCCUCCGACUUCGCCUCGUACUCGUCCUCCUCGCCGGCGGCGGCGGCGGCGGCAGGCUCGCACGGGAUGUACUUCGAGGAGGGGUACGUGCACAGCCCGCUCUUCUCGCCGAUGCCGGCCGUCGACGACGCCGGCGCCGACGGGUUCCAGCUCGGCGGCUCGUCGUCGUCCUACUACUACUGAAACCGAUCGAAACGGGGUCGUCAUCACCGACCAUGGCGUUGUCCGUGUCGCCGCCGCCGCCGGCGACCGACCGCCGUGAUCGACCUCCUGCGCCCGCCGCCGGUGGGGGACAGCGGCGUGGUGAGUUGCUGGGGUGCACUUAGCAGUUUACUACUCACUUUGAUUAUUAUUAUUACUUCGCAUGUGUUUGUGAGAUAUAAUAAUGCGUAUUUCGAUUAUUAUUAUUUUUUAUUAAUCUCCUAUUUCUUAGUUGGGCCUGAAUCCUCAGCGAUGGGGGUUUAUGGGCCCUGUUUAGUUUGGGCCUUGAGCCCUCGAGAUGCAUUCCGUUUUUAUCAUUUUUUUAGUGAUAUUCUUUUGGGGUUUGAUGGAGUAUGUAUGUAUGUAUAAAUAUGAUCAGUCGGCAUGCACUCGUCACUCGUGUGUUGCUGGCGCUUCAGUGUAAUAUUUUCCCAGUUCUUACUCAUAUAUAUGAUAUAUAUUUAUGUA